CUGCACCCACGUGGUUUGAUCGAGGAGACUGCAGAUUCUUUUGUUCAAAAUCAAUCAAAAACGAGGAAGACGGACAGGAGAGGAGCAUCUGAACCAGGAAAUUCCUUCGUCAAAUAUCUAGCGAUAUAUCACCAGCUAAAGAAGAGAGAUACGCGGCAUCACAAAGUUUUUGUUUUUUUUCCUCCAACUUUAGCUAGCUAGCUAGUUGAGAAAGAGACAAACUUUUUUCUGCCGUUAUUGUGUGCUCUAGAGAUCAUGCCGCGUAAGAAGGUGACGGACGCUUCGGGAAACGGUGGAAUCAAGAGGAAGAGGGGAGGAGGCAAGAGGAAGGACAGGGAAUUCAGCAGCGACGACGAGUUUGACGACUUUGAGCAAGAGAACACGAAGAAGCCCGGGAGGCCUGCAUCCAAGUCCGGGCUACAGCCGGUCACAGUAGCCGACGACGUCAAGGAGAAGAUCAAACUAGAAUGUUCCAAGGUCAAAGGACAGCUGCUGAUAUUUGGAGCCACCAACUGGGACCUGAUUGGACGGAAAGAGGUGCCAAAGCAGCAGGCGGCCUACCGGAACCUGGGGCAGAACCUGUGGGGGCCGCACCGUUACGGCUGCCUGAGCGGGGUGCAGGUGAGCACGGUGGUGUCGGGACCCUGCGCUGCACACAGCCUGCUCAUCACCACCGAGGGCAAGCUCUGGAGCUGGGGCCGCAAUGAGAAAGGACAGUUGGGUCAUGGAGACACCAAGCGCAUCGAAGCACCCAAGCUGGUAGAAGCUCUGGGCGAGGAGGUGAUUGUGGCGGCAGCCUGUGGGCGCAACCACACCCUUGCACUAACAGAGAACGGUACAGCCUUUUCUUUUGGAGAGAACAAAUUGGGUCAGCUGGGCCAUGGCAACCAGACAGAUGCAGUGCCCACGCCAGCGACAAUUCAGUACAACGGGCAGCCCCUGGUCAAGGUGGCGUGUGGGGCAGAGUUCAGCAUGGUGGUGGACUGCAAGGGCAACCUCUACUCCUUCGGCUGUCCUGAGUACGGCCAGCUGGGGCACAACUCGGACGGGAAGUUCAUCGCCCGCGCCCAGCGCAUCGAGUUCGACUGCGAGCUGAUCCCGCGCCGCGUCGCCAUCUUCAUCGAGAAGACCAAGGACGGCCAGGUGCUGCCCGUGCCCAACGUGGUGGUGCGGGACGUGGCCUGCGGGGGAAACCACACGCUGGUGCUGGACUCCCAGAAGAGGGUGUUCUCCUGGGGCUUCGGGGGGUACGGGCGACUGGGUCACACCGAGCAGAAGGACGAGAUGGUGCCGCGCCUGGUCAAGCUGUUCGACUUCCCCGGCCGCGGGGCGGCCCAGAUCUACUGCGGGUAUCAGUGCUCCUUCGCUGUCAGUGAGAUGGGAGGGCUGUUUUUCUGGGGCGUCACCAACACCUCUCGAGAGUCCACCAUGUACCCUAAGGCAGUGCAGGACCUGUGCGGCUGGAAGAUCCGCAGCUUGGCUUGUGGGAAGAGCAGUAUUAUCAUCGCUGCAGACGACAGCACCAUUAGUUGGGGUCCGUCCCCCACCUUCGGGGAGCUGGGAUAUGGGGAUAACAAGCCCAAGUCCUCUACCACUGCCCAGGAGGUAAAGACUCUGGAUGGUAUUUACCCUGAACAGGUGGUGAUGGGAUAUGCACACUCCCUGGUCAUCGCCCGUCAGGAGACUGAACAGGAACAGGAGAAGCUGAAGAAGCUGCCAGAGUACAACCCUCGCAUGCUCUGAUUGGCUGCCAGCUCUUGACCUCUGACCUCUCACCUCUCUUUCCAGAGGCAACUGAUUUCCAUUACCGAACGCACUCACCUAGGUCACCUGUGGUAGUGGUGUUUUGGUGAUGGUGGUUGGGGAGCGGGGGGGAGUGGUAAUAUGAACAGGGCAUAAACGUACACCUUGAGUUACAAAAAAAAAAAAGAAGAAAAAAAAAGAAAAAUUAAAAAAUAAACAUGUCACAUUGAUACUUCAAUUUUGAUGAGAUCACCUGUGAAAGUAGGCCACACCUACCGAGUGGAAGCCCCUCCCAUACGGGGGCGGCUCCUUUUCCCCUCCCACCUCUGUCCUCUGGUCUGGUCAUGGACACUCCAGCUGCAGGUUCUUCCGAAUACUCCAACGCCCACCCCCCCAGACAGACACACAUUCCCAGGAUGGCCGCCUCCACCCCUCCCAUUCCUGAAGGCUCCAGCCCAGGACUCUCCUAUGUUCUGUAUGUGCGUUGGGGUGUUUUUUGUGUCGCGUACAUUGAUCCAUCUCCAUUUUUUGGUGCUACAACAUGUCGAUACAGUCCAGGCCACUGGGAAACUGCAGCGAUCGGUAUGGGGAGGGGCGGGACGGAUCCAAGACCCCGAUCAUUUCAUAUCUGUGCCUUUUGUUUGUUUUUUUUUUUGUUUUGUUUUUUUGUGAGGUAUUUUCCGAUACGGCUGUGCUUUGUCGUCAGAGAGAAACUGAUCAACUGAACUUGUUAUUUGUGUGUAAUCUUGACGCGUGUUUUUGUGUAACUGUGUGUACGUCCGCAGUGCCCGCUUUGUCCAACACCGAAAGGUGUGAGAUGAGGAUCUGCGAAAACCCGUUCGACACGGUUUGACCUCAACUUUGUUCAUUUCAUUUAAGCCUUUGCUUUUUUUUUUCUCUUUUGCUUUUGUUUGUUCAUUCCACGUGUUGAGUCGUGGCAGCGAUGAACAAAAAAACAAAAACCAGCAAACAAUGAAUAAAGUAGCACUUGCAGUGGUUGUGGACAAACCGCGAAACGGGACGAUGGAGUAGACCAGCAACUGUGCCUGUCUGUUCACCUCUGCCAAACCUGUUACAUUCCCUGUUAUUUUCAGUGUUUUCUUAUGUGCUCUUUGUAUUAACUGAUUUUCCAGAGUGCAGAGGUGGCAGGUGAAAGCACAGCUGUGUUGGUUUUCAAGACCAAAUUGCAAGGAGCCGAUUUUAAAAAAAUAAACGUUAAUUAAGCAUAGCAGAGUUUGUGAGCUGCUCUUCCUAAAUUGCAUCCAUUUUCGGUUAGUAUUGGGGGCGUGUGUCCUGUGGGGUCAGUUAGGCUGUUUCUUGUUCUGGGUUUAUGCAUUUUUUUUAAAAAACAUUUUUGUUUUUUCCAUGGAAAUGUUAAUUAAAGGUUCACAAAAGUU